AUGCCGACUCCUUCGCCCAAGAGAUCGCUACCGACUCUUUCGAUUUGUCAAUUUGCAAUUCCAUUUGCGUUCUACAAGGUCGGGGUUGGUGGCGAGAACUCCAGCGACGAAGGUGGAAGCGGGGGAUUGGUGAACAAUAUAGUGAAGGGACCUUGGUCGCGCGAGGAAGAUGCGUUGCUAGCUAAACUGUUUGCAUCUUUGCUUCUUGGAAGUGAUUAUGGAUCACGAUGGUUUGAAGAUCAUUCAAGACAUGUUGUCAACAAGUUUCAUGAAGAACAAACUGCCAAAGAAGCAAUAGCAGCUGAAGAAGAAGGAGAAGGUGAGAAGGAGGACGAAGAACAAGCUGGGCAGAUGUCAAAGUAUGACGAUGAUCUCAUCAUUCGAAGGGGGAAGAAACAUAUCAAGUUACCUGCAGACUGCUUGUCUAUGGCGCUUGGUCUCGUGGAUGACGCAAUUAAUGCAUCAGCACUCCUCAUGAUGUUAAUGGUGUCAUCGAAGAUAACAGGUAAUCUUGGUUUGUUAUGCUUCCGUGAAGCAGAAGGUAUAACCUUAACUGGUAGCUGUGAAGUAUGGGGGUUGUUGUUCAUCUGAUCAACAUGGCUAAAGCGCACAAGAUGGAGUUACAGAUCUUAUUGUUAUCAUUUAUCAAUAGAAUGACACAUUUUGGGUCAAUGUAACAACUUGUUCAAAAUAAUUCCUUUUGACAAAUGUAAAUUAAUGUUAUGAUAUCAAUAUAUUGAUGCAUUAUGCUCUUUUUCAAACCAA